AAAAUCGGCGAUGCGAGGAGCACGAGCGCGAGGACGACCUCGAUCGGCAAUACCAGGCGUCGACGUACCGCGAACGUCCGAAGGUCGACAAGCUGCGCAUCACGCUGUCCACUUUCACAGGCAGCGAUCCGGACGCAUGGCUCCACAGGGCAGUACAAUAUUUUGAGCUUAAUGAAACCGACGGUCCCGACCGCGUGAGAUACGCAGCUUAUUAUCUUGAUGGUGAGGCCAACGUAUGGUGGCAAUGGCUCACAAGGAUCAAUCGCAAGCGACAACAAAUUAUUACUUGGGAUGUUUUUGAGAGAGAAUCAAGGCUAGAAGGACCGAGCACAUGGAGGUAUGCAAGGGCACGCAAAAAGGUGGUCCGUAAGAGGACGACUAUCGAGCGCAAGAAAGGGCGCAUUAGACAAGGGCGUGAAUACGCGCAUUGGCGUAGACGCGCAUGGCGCUUGGAGAUUAGGCGAAAAGGUGCGCAGGGGGAGGAUGUCGGGAGGUUAAUGCGCACGAGGGAUUGCAGCAAAUGGACGAGCGCGCAUCGAGCGUUGGACGAUGCACGGACAGUGUUGGGCGCACGUAGGCACGCAGUAGGCGAACGGAGCGCUGGGGCGCUGAGUGGGACGCGCGGUCCAGUGGACAGGCGCGGGAAUCGCGCGGGGUUAUCGAGCGUGGGCAGCAGCCGCGCGGUUGACAAGGACGCGCGAGAGCAGGGUAACCAGAUGGGCGAGCGCACGAUGGGGAGUGAGUGGUGCGCAAGCGCGCAAAGCCUAGGCCGUGUAGGAACAGGCGAAGGAGAGACGGCGCAUGGGCGAGCCGCGUGUGCAGUUGGCGACGCGUGUGAGAUGGGGGAAGACCUAGGCCUAGUAGGCUUAGGCAAGCUGGGCGACAGGCACGGGAUAGUCACGCGGGCGAAGGGUGGGAUCGCGUGCGCACCCAAAGGGCGAGGCAAGACCAAGGCAGCAAGCCUAGUCCUCAUAGGAAUAGGCAUGGCGCGAAUCCUAGACCCCGCAGGACUAGGAAAAGAAGUUGAGUGUCGUGAUGCGCGUGAAGGAUCGGUGACGAGAUUGAAAUUACCAACCACAAAGAUCGAGCCCUUUGAGGUACGCGUAGCCAAUGGAGAGAGGUUGCAAUGCACUGAAUCUUUUCGAAAGAUGCCAAUCAAGUUCCAAGGAGUCACGGUAAAAGCUGAUCUGUAUGCUUUACCCCUAGUUGGACCAGAUGUCGUACUGGGAGUCCAGUGGCUUGAAGGACUAGGCAAGGUGACGACCGACUAUCGAACAGGAAUUAUGGAGUUCAACUCCGAAGGUCGUCUGGUCACCCUCAGCACCGGCACUGAGAAAGGAACUAAGGAAGUAGGGUUGAAGAGCAUAGAAAGAGUUUGGCAUGGUGGAGGCCAAAUUUUUGCAGUA